CUCCACGUAUCAAACCAAACCUGCCAUGAGAAGCAGUAGUUUAUGCUAACCACAUCUGUUUAAAACUACAUUACUAGCAGGCGUCUCACAGUGAAGAAUGCCAUUAAUUAGCUAGAUUAGCUCUGUGGUUAGGUAGCUAGCUACUCUGUCUCCCUCUCUCAUCCACCAUCAAUCCCUAAUCAACCUCUCCACGGGAGCAAGACCGACCAAGAAAAAGCUCCAGCUCCCGGCGGCCCGCAAUGGGGCACCAGCACCAGCUGUUCGACGACCCGUUUGCCAGCAGUAUCUCGUCGCUGGAUGCGGAAAUCUUCUCCGGCGCCGGCGGGCACCAGCAGUGGCCUGGCCUUGACCUCGACGGCAUCCCGGCCGCAGGUGCGGCCGGCACCUCCUCCGGCGGCUACGGCUCGCCCGGCGGAGAGGGAACCCACCGGAAGAUCAGCCACAACGCGUACGAGCGCGAUCGCCGAAAGCAGCUCAACGGGCUCUAUUCCUCCCUCCGCUCCCUCCUCCCCGACACCGAUCACACCAAGAAGCUGAGCAUUCCGAUCACGGUGACGAAAGCGCUCAAGUACAUCCCGGAGCUGCAGAAGCAGGUGGAGGGUCUAGAGAAGAAGAAAGAGGAGCUGACCCGGGCAAGCUGCAAGCCGGGCGUGCUGGCUAUGAAGGAGAACACAGCUCCGAUCGUCUCCGCCACCUGCAUCGACGACAGGGACAUCAUGGUCCAGGUCAGCCUGCUGAGCAACAUGGCCGGAGCUCUGCCGAUGUCAAGGUGCAUCAAAGUGCUGGAGAACGAAGGGCUUCGCCUAGUCAGUUCGUCGACCUCCGCGUUUCAGAACAGGACGUUCUAUAGCCUCCAUCUCCAGAGAACACAACGAACGAUGAGCAAGGUGUGUCCAUCAUUCUGUGAAGAACUGGAGAACGCCAUCAAGAAAAGAGCGGAAAUGCAUCAACAACAAUAGUAGAUUAUAGCAUAUAGUACUACUGAUUUAUACUAUUAUGUUUAACUAUGAUGAAUCAAAACGCAUGCUAUAGAUAUAAUACAAAAGAUAAAAUUGUACUGACGCUGGCAUGCUAUAAUGUAGCUUGUUCCAUGUAACUGUUGCUGUACAUACAUGCAUAGGUUCUACAUAUAAUCUGAAACAUGGAUAAUGUGCCUCCACAAGUACCACCGUACUUUUACAUAAACUAUGCAGAUACAAGCAUAUGCAAAUGUCACCAUAAGGUAAACUAUAAAUAUAAUCAUCAAUUGAUUUAGCGAGUGCACUGGCAUACAACCCAGACGGCACUAAGUUCUUUUUUUACUGCAGCGAGGAUUACUAGCACGCAUUACAUAGUAAUAGGUAGUAUGUUAUCAUUUAGUUUCACUGUGUGCUGUUCAUCCUAGUGUAGCGUGGAUGUGAACUGAGAACAUGGCAAAUUGAAUCAGCCAAUCUGUACAACAUGGUGUCUGUUCCUCGAAGAACGGGAGUUGAUUGUACUUUUGCUUGUAGAGUUGUAGUACCUUAUAUAUAUAUGUCGUACAAUUGUACUUCUGGA